AUGGCAAGGACACCGAGGACGACAUUUUUACACCUUGUCCUAACCCUCUGCUGCAUCCUCUGGGGUCAAAACACGCCCUCUUUAGCUUCCACUGCAACUGCAAUCGAUGAAUUCCUUGGCUGCCUCUCCGCGGACAUCCCGUCUGGCCUCAUCCAUACCCCGGCAACCCCGGCCUACUCUGCCCUCCUGCUGUCCACCGCCCGGAACCUCCGCUACAUCCUGCCGGACACCUCCAAGCCUCUAGCGAUCAUCGCGGCCACCGAGCACGCCCACGUGCAGACCACUGUGCGCUGCGGCCGCCGCCACGGCGUCCGCGUCCGCGUGCGCAGCGGCGGCCACGACUACGAGGGCCUGUCCUACGCCUCCGUCCACCUCCACAAGUACAACGAGCCGUUCGCGGUGCUGGACCUCGCCGCUCUCCGGGCCAUCCACGUCGACCCGGCACGUGCUGAGGCGUGGGUCGAGUCCGGCGCCACCGUCGGCGAGCUCUACUACGCCGUCGGCGCCGCCAGCCACUCGCUGGGGUUCCCGGCGGGCUCUUGCCCCACCAUGGGCAUCGGCGGCCACCUUAGCGGUGGCGGGUUUGGCUCGCUGGCACGCAAGUACGGCCUCUCCGCCGACAACGUCCUCGACGCCCUCGUCGUGGACACCGACGGAAGGCUGAUGAACAGGAGCACCAUGGGGGAGGACCACUUCUGGGCUCUCUGUGGCGGAGGCGGCGAGAGCUUCGGCGUGGUGCUGUCGUGGAAGGUGCGGCUAGUCCCCGUGCCGGAGACCGUCACGGUGUUCAGCAUCGUAAGGUCAAGGAGCCAAUCCGCCAUCGAACUGAUUACAAAAUGGCAAGAGAUGGCGCCGGCUUCACCGCAGGAGCUGUACCUCCGCGUGCUCGUGCUGAACCAGCAGGCUAAUUUCCAGGCGUUGUUUCUCGGCCGGUGCGGCGGCCUCCAUCGGCUCAUGCAAGAUCGCUUCCCCGAGCUCGGAAUGACGGAGCAAGACUGCGAGGAGGAGCCGAUUCCAAGGGACGUGUGGGAGAGCAUAUGGACGGCGUGGCUGGAGAAGCCCGAGGCCGCGCUGCUCAUGCUGGACCCUUACGGUGGCUUGAUGAGCAGCAUCUCGCCGUCGGAGACGCCGUUCCCGCACCGGCAGGGGAACCUUUACCAGCUCCAGUACUACUCCUUCUGGUACGAGAACGGGACGGCAGCAGCGGAGAAGCGAAUGAGCUGGGUCAGGGGACUGUACAAGGAGAUGGAGCCUUACGUGUCCAGCAACCCAAGGGCUGUGUACGUCAACUACAGGGACCUUGACCUGGGGACGAAUGAGUUGGACGGUGACGUGACGAGCUAUGACAAGGCUAGAGUCAGCUGGGGAGACAAGUAUUUCAAAGGAAAUUUUAAGAGGCUGGCAGCCGUGAAGACCAUGGUGGAUCCCCAUGAUUUCUUCAGAAAUGAGCAGAGCAUCCCUCCUCUUCCCGCUGCCAAAAUGAUAGAUUCCAUUUGA